GAGGCUUGGGCCCGACGGGGGAGACGGAGCCCCAGGUACCGGGCUGAUGGAGCCCGCAAGGGCAGGGGCGGAGGCGCCCCGGAGAGGAGUGCGGCCUGAGGGCAGAGGCGGGUCUGGGCCUCUGCGAGGGGUUAGAGUGGCCCACCAGAGAAAGGAGAAGGGGGCCGGGCCCCGGCAGGCCUAAUGGGGGCGCUGAGGAGGGGGCCGGGCGGGCUGGGAGCCCGAAGUUGGACUGUUGAAGCCUGGAAGUCCCCUCCCCUCCCCCCUCCCCCCUCUGCCGCUCUGUGGCAUCCCCCUCCCUCUACCCUUUCCCAUUCUGAUAAUCUAGCCAUGACUAGCAGAAGCACAGCCAGGCCCAAUGGGCAGCCCCAGGCCAGCAAAAUAUGCCAAUUCAAAUUGGUCCUGCUGGGUGAAUCUGCAGUGGGGAAGUCUAGCCUGGUAUUACGUUUUGUCAAAGGGCAGUUCCACGAGUACCAGGAGAGCACCAUUGGAGCGGCCUUCCUCACCCAGUCGGUUUGUUUAGAUGACACAACAGUCAAGUUUGAGAUCUGGGACACAGCUGGGCAGGAGCGAUACCAUAGCUUGGCCCCCAUGUACUACAGAGGUGCCCAAGCUGCAAUUGUGGUUUAUGACAUUACUAAUCAGGAAACCUUCGCCCGAGCAAAGACAUGGGUAAAGGAACUACAGCGACAGGCCAGUCCUAGCAUCGUUAUUGCCCUGGCGGGGAACAAAGCUGACCUGGCCAACAAGCGCAUGGUGGAGUACGAAGAGGCCCAGGCGUAUGCAGAUGACAACAGCUUAUUGUUUAUGGAGACUUCAGCCAAGACAGCUAUGAACGUGAACGAUCUCUUCCUGGCAAUAGCUAAGAAGUUGCCAAAGAGUGAACCCCAGAAUCUGGGGGGUGCAGCAGGCCGAAGCCGGGGUGUGGAUCUCCAUGAGCAGUCCCAGCAGAACAAGAGCCAGUGUUGUAGCAACUGAUGGGGUGGCUAGCGGCAAACAAGUAUGGAGCUAGCACGAGAGCUCAGAAAUAACCUCCAUCCCCACCGCUCAGCACACAGCCCCUACGGUAACAGCACAUUGGGCCCUGGCUCCCAAGGGCUGCCUCUUGACAGCUCCGUCAUGGCACUUUUUAACGCUUCAGCAACAACACCAGGCAGCUGUUGCCACUGGCCUCCUACCCCUGCUCUGGGGCUUGGGGGUCAGAUCCCCCAGGACUUACCUUCCAAAACAAACUUUCUUCACUUUGUAUUAUAGGUGCAAGACAGUGACCUAAUUAUCUUUCCUCCUCCUCCCCAUUUUUUCAGAAAACUUUUUUUGUCUCCUGCCCCUUCCCCUUCUGCUUUUGGUCAGUAUCUCUUCUUGAUUCCCUUUUCUUCCUCUCCCCAGGAUGGAGAAGGUAGUGAACCCAGGAAGUGAGGAAGGAGGUUUCCAGUUCAGUCACAUUAAGGACCCUGGGGGAAAGUAAGGCUCAGAGCAAGGGGGAGUAAGGAAACAUUUCCUUUUUGUUUUUAUUUGGUUGGAGUUUCUCAUAUUUGAAAACACUGAGUUGGCCUUGUGGAGGGUGUUUCUAGGUAGAGGUGAGAAUGUGAAGGCAAGCUCUCAGGCACCAGGCUGGAGUCUUGUUAGCUAACUGGGCAGAGGUGGAAGAGGUGGAGAUGCAGUGUCAUCUGUGGCUCAGGAACUCUUCUAAGGCUUACUUUCCCCUCACCCAGCCUCUUAGGUAGCUUCUUCCCCAUAGUGGGGGAGAUUCUGGACCCCAGAGUCCUCCAAAGAAUCUUCACUGGUUGCCUGCAUCUUUGGCUCUGCUGUGAUCAAAUGGAGGAGGGACCAGUUUCUGACACCCAUCCUCUGACUUACACAUAUGCAUUUUUUUCUCUCUGGCCUUCAGAUGGCCUCAGCCCCAGCCACAAUAUCCCCCUGCAGUUUGCACUUUAAUUGAUGGUAGUUCAGUUGUGAUACUUGUUUUAUGGGGGUUUUGAUUGAUUUACCUGCCCUCUUAACUUUUUAAUUAAGUGGAAUCCGAGGUGUAUAUGAGGUUAGGGGAGGGGCUGUAGAGAACAGUACCGGUGGCAGCUACUCAAGCCCAGUCUCCACUGCUAGCUUCCUCCAACUCUGAUUCUUACUUCACCUGUAUUCUUGCCAGCCUAACUCUUGGGUAUAGGUUUACCUUUCCUGAGGAAUUAACUGAGCAACUGGAGAGCAGUCUCAGGAUAGCAUAGGCCGUUGUAGGGGAGUGAAGAGGAGUCAGCAAGAGGGAGGAGUUUUCUGUCCUUUCCCAGGGUUCCCAUUCAAUUUGAUCCACCCAUUACCAUGUCUUUUCUACUUCCCUGUAAAUAGGUAUGAUCUUUAUUCCCACUGUACAGUCUGUUCUGUUCCCCACCUCCCAUCAGGCCCUAUUUCUUUUCUCCUUUGUUAGUAUCUUCAGUUUGGUCCCUCCAUGCUUACCCCCCAAACCCAUCCCCCAUGCAACCAGUGGUUUAAUCCACGUACCACUAGGGGGGGUAGUACCACAGAGGCCUACUUGUGGCCCCCUAAUAUAAUACCUGUUCCUGUGGACAGGGAACGACUGGCACUGAAGGUCCCUCACAGCUGUCUCACAUCACCAGAGUUUGUUGGUCCUUUCUAAAUCUCUAGUCUCUCUUCACAUCCCUCAUCAGGUAUUUUAAGAUGUGUUUGGGAAGCCAUCAAGGCAAGAGAGAACUCUAAAUCCUUCUUGUUCUAGCCCAGGGUUUUGAGGAGAUUGGGGGGAAUAAGAGAGGAGAGGCCAUAGUGACCUAGGAUUGGAACCUUUCUGCCCUUUUGGCUUGCAGACUGCCUUCUGUCCCAGAGAAGCUGAGAAAUCCAUGAAGCUGAGAUUCUGAAGGACCCAGCUUAGGUUCUUCCACUUACACCUAAAUUCCCUUCCUUUACCAGGGGCAGCCUUAGUUCCCAUGGCCCUGAAACACAUACACAUUUUCCCCUCCUUUCCCCAGCACCCACUAGCCCCCUAGAGCAGCCAGUGCAUCCUUACAAGUGGAAGAACUACGAUGGCUCUCUUAAGUUUCUUAGAAAUGAAGUUCUUUCUCUGUGUAGUUUUCCCCAUGGAGCAGUAGUGAAGAUGUUUCGUUGCCUUGGGGCUGGGAAACCAUUUCUCCAGGCUUCGUCUCCCCUCCCCUUAGGAACAGGAUUGGCCUUAGCUUCUGGGCCUAUCUGCUGCCUUCCUUCUACUUCCUAUUAGCUCUUCUGCUUUCCUUUGAGCUCUGUUGGGCUUAGGGAAUCUUAGUUUUUAUUUCCCAGCUCUUCAUUUUUUUCUUCUGAUUUUUUUUUUUUUU